AAGUGUUUACUAAUAACAUGUUUAUGAAAUGAAUAUCGAUUUCAUAAUUGGUGUGAAAUAGUGGUUAAAACUGCGACAAAAUGUUGGAUAAAGUGUUGGAGCGGACAGUGAUGUGGAAGCGAUGGACACUAUUGGCGUUGUGUUGCAUUGGCAUCGCCUCCACUAUCAUCAUAUCGGGUGUGUCUCUGGCUAUUGUCGAUACCAUCGAUUCCGGUGACACUAAUCACACCGAGGAGGCCGUUCACACCAUGACAGUGGCCAAGAGUUCGGCGAAAAUCAUGAUAAUAGUGUCGACUGUCAUCACAAUACUGGUCGACAUAUUCGCCUUCUUCGGCGGUUAUAAAAACAGCUAUUAUAUGACACUCACUUACAUCAUACUAAUGGUGCUCAUAGGGUUGGGCAGUAUAUUGAUUGGCUUCCGGACCGAGUGCUGGUACACCACUAUAUUCCACUUUCUCAUACUGGGGUUGGCCUACGAUUUGCGGCUCAUCAAGAAUAAGGCGUUCAUUCACCACCACAAACAGCAACUAAAGGAACAGGAGCGUCAUAAACAUUGGCACAAAUACGCCCCUGUGGUGGUGGUAACCUGUGGUCAGCCGUUAACACCAGGAUCACCUCAAUUUGAUGGACACCUCGCCCAUAACCAGCAGCAGCCAUACACUAUAAACAUACAGCCGGCACAUCCUGAACACCAGCAACAGUAUUAUGCUGUCGGUCACAGUUCGGACCUCUGGGAUAUGACCAGGCCACGGGUAUCUGAAAACCUACCCCCGUAUCCGUAUUUAAAUGACCAAGACUCUAAGAUUAUGACUAAAAAGAUGCCAUAA